UUCCCAUCAACCGCUUCAGCCGUCUCGCGCGGAACAUUUCCUGCCGCACCUCGAGCUUGUUUGUUCAAGGGACUGCUGGGGUCGUUGUUCGCCUUCGCGCGACGUCCAACGCAGCUAAUUGACGCUUUUCUUUCGCCCGCGUUGGCACCCUCAGCAGCAAUUCGGACGAUGGCGUGCUCCGUGUCUGCUCGCGCCGCCACACAGCAGCCGCUCGCUUCCGUCAGCAGAGCCGUCGCCGUCGAAGCCACGUCGUCAUCGCGCGCGGCGUUCCUCGGCAGCGAUGCGGCGACCAUGCGCCGCCUCCGCAAGGCGGCUGCGCGGUCGAAGAGGGGGAACCGGUCGGCAGCCGCCAGAAGAAUGCGCCUUCCGCCUGCGCGCGCGGCGCUGGCGGACGUGAAGCCCGCGGCGAAGCCGUCGGAGGAGAUGGCGGUGGCGCACGAGGCGGGGGAGGAGGUGAUAGCCUCCGCGGAGUUCCGCGCGCAGGCGCUCGUGAAGGACCAGGCGCAGUACGAGGAGAUGUACCGCCGCUCCAUCGAGCAGCCCGACGCGUUCUGGGCCGACAUGGCGCGCCAAUUCUAUUGGCACACGCCCUUCCCCGAGUCGCCCGACGGCAAGGUGCAUUCAGAGAACCUGGACGUGCGGCGCGGGCGCGUUAACGUGGAGUGGUUCAAGGGCGGCUCGACCAACAUCUGCUACAACGCCGUCGACCGGUGGGUGGAGCGCGGGCUGGGGCAGCGCGCCGCGUUCUUCUGGGAGGGCAACGACGAGACGGACUCCGUCACGCUGACGUACGCGGAGCUGCUGGAGCGCGUGAAGCAGACGGCGGCGUAUCUGCGGUCGCAGGGCGUGAAGCGCGGCGACUUCGUGACGAUCUACAUGCCCAUGGUGCUCGAGUUGCCCGUCGCCAUGCUCGCCUGCGCGCGCAUCGGCGCCGUCCACUCCGUCGUCUUCGGCGGCUUCUCCGCCGAGUCGCUCGCGCAGCGCAUGCAGGACUGCGAGUCGCGCGUGCUGCUGACGUGUGCCGGCACGAUGCGCGGGUCGAAGCCCAUCAAGCUCAAGGAGAUCGCGGACGCCGCCAUCGCGCUCUCGCCCGACCUCCAUGUGGCGCGCGUGGUGGUGGUGGACAACCCGCCCGCCAUGGCGCGAGACGCGGUCAACAUGGUGGAGGGCAGGGACGUGUGGUGGCAGGACGUCAUUGGCGGCGCUGACGUGGCGGAGGGCAGUGAUGACGUGGAGUGGAUGGACGCCGAGGACCCCCUCUUUCUGCUCUACACCUCGGGAUCCACGGGCCGCCCCAAGGGCGUGGUGCACACCACAGGCGGCUACAUGGUGUACGCAGCUGCCACCUUCAAGCACGCCUUUGACUUCAAGCCCAACGACGUUUACUGGUGCACCGCCGACUGCGGGUGGAUCACCGGCCACAGCUACGUCGCCUACGGCCCGCUGCUCAACGGCGCCACCCAGGUGCUGUUCGAGGGCGUGCCCAACUACCCCGACUGGGGCCGCUGGUGGCGCAUUGUGGACCGCUACGCCGUCUCCAUCUUCUACACCGCGCCCACCGCCAUCCGCGCCGCCAUGCGUGGCGGAGACCAGUGGGUGACGGCGUCACACCGCUCGUCGCUGCGAGUGCUGGGGAGCGUGGGCGAGCCCAUCAACCCGUCCGCUUGGAAGUGGUACAGCGACGUGGUGGGCGACGGCCGCUGCCCCAUCAGUGACACCUGGUGGCAGACCGAGACCGGCGGCUUCAUGAUUCUCCCCCUCCCCGGCGCGUGGGCGCAGCGGCCUGGGUCCGCGUCAUUCCCGUUCUUUGGCGUGCAGCCGGCGAUGGUGAACGACAAGGGCGAGGAGAUAGAGGGGCCGGGCGAGGGGUACCUAUGCAUGAAAGCGUCGUGGCCGGGCAUGUUCCGCACGCUGCAGCAUGACCACGAGCGCUACGAGACCAACUACUUUGCGCCCUUCAAGGGCUUCUACUUCUCGGGGGAUGGCUGCCGCAGGGACGAGGACGGCUACUACUGGCUGACGGGGCGUGUGGACGAUGUGAUCAACGUGAGUGGGCACCGCAUCGGCACAGCUGAGGUGGAGUCGGCACUCGUGGCGCACCCGGCGUGCGCGGAGGCGGCGGUGGUGGGGUUCGACCACGAGAUCAAGGGGCAGGGCAUCUACGCGUACGUGACGCUGGUGUCGGGCGUCGAUUACGCCGAUGACCUGCGCCUGGAGCUCGUCAGGGCCGUGCGCUCGCAGAUCGGCGCCUUCGCGGCGCCGGACCACAUCCACUGGGCGCCGCACCUGCCCAAGACGCGCAGCGGCAAGAUCAUGCGGCGCAUCCUGCGCAAGAUUGCGGCGCGGCAGGAGGACGAGCUGGGCGACAUGAGCACGCUGGCGGACCCGUCGGUGGUGCAGCUGCUGCUGGAGCUGCGCGACUCAGACGACUGCAGCACGUGCGUGUUCGUGCCGCCCGUGGCAAGCGAGGAGGCGCGCGCGCAGGAGGCAGCGGCAGCCAAGGUGAACCUGGAGGUGGUGCACGACCACCUGCUGGAGGAUGAUGAGUGGCACGAGAGCAGUGGGACGGCGAAUGGGGGCGUGAGGGAACAGAAUGGAGCACUAAAGCAGUAGGGUGGAUAAUUACUGUAGGGGGGUUGUGUGGUGCUUGUUCUUGGUUGGUCAGUUAGCCAUACUAGAGCAUGCCUUAGGUUUGUGACUAAAGCUGUUUUUAGCACAAGCAUGUGAAGCUCCUACAACCAGGACAACCUCAUCCAAUACAAUCUGGGCCCUUGGUGUCAACUUAUACAUCUGCUUAUAUGUAUAAGUAAGUAUAGGUUAGAUGGGUUUGUGUUAGAGGGUACAACUUCAACCCUAAAUGUUGCUUGUACUGGCUUGAU